AUACGCGGCGCGUAGUACUCCAGCGGCGCCAUUCAAAGUCGCGCGCAGUCGGUCGCAGUACGUCGCGCUCGCGAAUAAACGAGCCAGAAGCGUAAAACGCGGAAUCGAAAGCAAACGAUCAGCUCGUAUUCCCAGGCGACUUAUAAACCGUAUUCGCAACGCGAUCUCCCGCAAUGUGCUGACCUCUGGCGGUCGCCGUUUCUCUUUCUCUCUUCGGGUCCUUUGAAUCUCCCGCCAGGAUGGACCUCGUCUACAUACCGGAAGUUCUGAGCUACGGCUGCCUGCGGAACGUCCAGUACCGGGACUAUGAGCAGCCCUGGAACCGGGACUACUUCGAUGACGGGAGAACGGUGUCUGUGGUCAGUCAGCGACAGCAGCAGUAUCAGCACCACAGCCACAACCAGCAACAGCAACGAUCACAGUCGAAGGACCAAUGUCAGUUGUGCAAGGAGAGCAAGAUGCGCAGUUUGGCAGCCUACAUCCGAGGAAAGACCCGGAAAAGCUCCUGCACGGAAAUCUACGAAGCCGACGAGGAUGUCGAAGAGGAGAACGCGAGCUCUGGGGCGAAAACCUGCGAGGAUGCCCUCGGGAAAAAAUCGAACUCCGGUGAAAAGGAAACCAAGCAACGCGGGAAGCGCGACGAGGUCGAUCGCAGGUCGGCAAGAAAUUAAAAGAUUGGUACCGGUGGAGAUUACUUUCGGUAAUCUCGAAGAAAACGUUGCCUGAACGGGUCGAUUCGGUCGAUUGUGACAUAUCCAGAGUUGGAUACACUCCCGCCCUCGUAUUGAACUGCUACUAUACUGGGAUAUAGUGGUCGAGUGGCAGUCACCGAUACCAUUGAACUGCAUCGAUCAUUUUUUAACUCGGUGGCUAUCUUUCGGUAGUUUCGUCGGAAGUCUGAGUAAUGGUUCGAUACGGUCGAUCGUGUUACCCGCGUCGGUACCGAUACGUCGUGCGAUUGAACUGCAUCGAUCAGUCCUGAACUCGACGAGGAUCCAUCGUGGAUUGGCCAGCUGUCGUCAGUCGAAACUAUUCGCUACUAUAUUGCCAUAUCCAUGACUGGGUAUACUCAUCGAGUCGCAGUCCACCGAUAUAUCGGUACCGAUGCGUCGCACCAUUGAACUGCACCGACCACUCCUGAACCUCGACAAAGAUCCUCUGUGAAUUGGAACUAAAAAAAAUGAGAAUUGAUUAGCGAUGACGGCAAUUACGAUGGUAUAUGGUCAAAGUACGAGAAAGAAAGCGUGGAGAACCUGAAGGAACCAACUCUAAGUCGGUGAAGUCUUGGAAGUGGAACAUCGGGGCCGCAAAUCGACCAGUUGGAAAACUGGGCGUAUACGCAAGAUUUCGUGCUGUGAUCGUCCGAUCGCGUUUCGGCAACUUUAAAAUGUGAAAAUGCGCGGACUAGAGAAGGGACUAGAAAGCGACUAUCGACCGGGACGUAUCCCUCGGUAGUUUCGCCUAAAGCCGUAGCGUUAAGCGUUCGUUCUAUGCCGAAGAGGAGGUAGCUGCUCUCCACCUCGGCGAUGUAAAUUCUUAAGCAUACUUUUCAGAAUCAUCUAGUUUAGAAUAUGGGAACGAGUCGUACAUACCGCGCACGAGGGAACCUAGUUUCUCGUGCGCAGCCAACAUACGUUCUUGAAGACCAAGUAAACGCGCACUCAAAGCCGGUCUCAGGUGGGCACUGACGUGCAAACACGUUUUCAAUUUGCACAUGAUAUUCGUGAUGUUUCUCCCUUGGCGGGAAGUUAGAUUUUCAGUUCCGUGAAGAUCUAUCCAACGGUCGAUUCUGUGCACGCGUUCUCUAAAUCAUUCGCAUAUAAGAAUCUAACGUCUCGCUCUGAAUAGCUAAAUCGUUGGAUCCGUGCUCAUGCCUUUAACGUUAAAAUACGUCUUUUAUAUGUAGUAUUUAAGAGACAAAAAUACAUCAUUUAAAUGUAUUUUAACGCUACAAGCGAGGUACGAGUAAGACCCUUAACGUUUAACAGCAGCAGAGGUUUUCAGAACGAAUAAUGCUAAUUAUGAUACGCGGAUACGGAGGUGCUGUAUCGUUUACUCUUAAGGUUCACUUUUCACGUCGAAAUUGUACGAUCGGUAAGCUCCUGUUGAUGGCGUUUCGAUUCCUAAGCGUUUCUCCCUACGACCAAUGUUGCAAUACCCUGUUGGAUAUGUAUUUUAUUUAAUACAAUCACGGUAUGAUGGCGCGUUCUCAAAAUCGCUAUCGUUAGACCCCCGGUUCUUGAGACGCGUGGCUUGAGUUCUAAGCCAAACUAAUAAGACUGAUUAUUGUAUCGCGGUAAGAGUAAGCAUAAUUUUUAUGAUAGGCAGACUUCCUAUCGUAUAACUUUCGACCAACAGAUAAGCGCCGCCAGAUAUACUAUCGUUCUAUUUGCUUACGUAGGUGUAAUAAUUGCCCGGGUGACUGUUUGACGCAACGCGAAUGGGAAAUUUAUUCGUUACUUAAUCAAUGUUAAUUAAUGUAUUAUCUUCGUUUUGAGUAUUUUUAAAUAUACCGAGGAGUAUAUUGGGAAUUCGCAUACGUACAACUCGAUCGGAUAAAUAUUAUCUCGGCAGAAAAAAUUGUUACGGUACGUUACCGAGGCCAUUGCGUUUCUUUUUGGAAUUAGAGGACUUUUCAUUGUUAGUAUUCAUUGAACGAGAAUUCCAUCGAUUUUGACCGUUGGCGAAUGAUUGUAUUUUUCUAACACGGCAUCUGGACAUUCCCAUUGUUGUUCGGCCAUGAGACAUAUACGCGUCUUCCACGAUUCACUACGUCAUAUUUGAUGCACUGCAGCGUAUUUACAAGUACUGUUUUAUAGUUGAAUAAAAUACGUUUCUACUAAGCUAACAGAGGCGUGUAUUUCUUGAGGACGUGGUGUCGUUCAAAUGGUCCAUCUGUUAGCGAUAUUAAAUUAAAUAACUGGGGGUCUUGUGUCACGAUAGAUAGCUGAGCAUAUCGAGAGGUUGAUAAGCAAACAUUAAGUGAGUGUUAAAUGUAAGUGAGAAAUUGCGGUAGUAUUUAGAAUUUUGCAAGUCAAUUAUUGAGUUGUUCCUAUCGGUGAUACAUAAUAAUGGGUAUAAUUAAACAAUCUAUAAUUGUCA